ACCAGACAACGCAUUAAUCGUCCGUCAAAAGAAGUGGAAAACUUUCUGAUGCAACAUCAGCAAAACGAAAUUUUCCGCAAAUAAAGUGCUUUUGAGUGUAACAUUUUCCAGUUUUCGAGACAAUUAAGUGAAAUUCAAUAGUUGCAAUCAUGGCUGAAGAUGAUGCGAUUUUCGAUCCUUCGUUGAUGAAGAAAAAGAAGAAGAAGAAGACUCCGUUCGAUUUAGAUGGAGCGAUGGCACCGGAGGAAGGCGGUGAGGUAGAAGCCCCGGCCGGUGAGUCUGCGGAUAGUGUGCUGUUUGACGGCGCCGGUACCGGCUCGGUCGAAAUUGGAGCUGGAAAUGACCUGGAUGACAAUUUGGAUCUGGACACAUUCGGUGGCAAGAAAAAGAAAAAGAAGAAGAAGCCCUUCAAUCUGGAUGAUAUUGACAGUGCUCUGGCCGCCGUGGAAGUGGACGGGGAGAACGAACCGAAGGGCGGUGAUGAUGGAGACGGUUUUGUAUUCGGCGGAGAUGAUGGCAUGGAGGAUGACAUGAAGAUCGAUUUCAGCGUGAAGAAGAAAAAGAAGAAGAAGAAGGAUCUGACGGAGCUGAUGGAGGCGGAGGAUGCCGCCCGGGAGGAGGAAAAGGAGAAUGUUGACGUGCAAUGCACCCCGUGGGCCGCUACGGACCGUGACUACACCUACGACGAACUGUUGCAGCGUGUGUUCGAGAUCAUUCUGGACAAAAAUCCCGACAUGGCCGCCGGUAGAAAACCGAAGUUUGUGAUGCGUCCCCCGCAGGUCCUCCGUGUCGGCACCAAGAAGACCUCCUUCGCCAACUUUACGGAAAUCUGCAAAACCCUCCACAGACAGCCGAAACAUUUGCUGGACUUUUUGCUGGCCGAAUUGGGUACCAGCGGUUCGGUGGACGGCAACUCGCAGCUCAUCAUCAAGGGCCGCUUCCAGCCGAAACAGAUCGAGAACGUGCUCCGGCGGUACAUCAAGGAGUACGUGACGUGUCACACCUGCCGUUCGCCCGAAACCAUCCUCCAGAAGGACACCCGUCUGUUCUUCCUGCAGUGCGAGUCGUGCGGGUCGCGAUGCUCGGUCGCCAGUAUUAAGUCCGGUUUCCAGGCCGUCACCAGCAAGCGUGCGGCGAUCCGUGCGAAAACGGCUUAAUCAACACUGUCGGCAUCUAUCUAUAUUGUGUUCUCUUCUCUGCGAAUUGUUCCGUUGUUUUAUUUCCUUCAUUAAUAUUAUUCCGUGUUGCGUGGGCAAAUGGGUUCCAAGAGGAAAGUUUAGCGGCAAACAAAAAUUACUGAUUGGUAAAACAAACAAAAAAAUAUACAGACAUUUAGCAAGCAUAUAACCUAUGGACACAAGUUUGUAUGUUUAUUUAUCAUCUUUAUUCAAGUAGAGUUACUAUUUUUUACAAACUUCUAACCGACUCAAUAAAGCUGCACUUAUCUUGUGUAAUUGUAACAGAA